AUGGCGAUUGUGCCAUGCCCUUCAGAAGGCCCCAGCAUCUCAGCAGCUUCUGGAGAAACCCUAGCUUGUGAUAAUCAUCGUCACAAGGCCAAGAACAGAUUGACCAUGAAUGAAAAGACCGCCGAAGCCGAAGCCGAAGCCGAAGCCAAGCCCAAACCUGCCCCUCACCAUCAUGCGGCGAAUCAGGAGAUACCCAUCGAUGACGACGAUGACGGAGGCGUUAGGUCAACCGACCUAGACCUCAAGCUCUUCAACCAAGGCUUGCCAUCCAAUGCUAGGAAGAGCGGCGAAUCAUCGACAGAUGAGAAUUGCAAGGUCCCAAAAGCCAGGGUUUUCGCAUGCAACUUUUGCAAGCGAGAGUUCUCUACCUCGCAGGCUUUGGGUGGGCAUCAGAACGCGCACAAGCAAGAGCGGGCGCUCGCCAAACAGCGCAAGGGGAUGGAAGCUGAUCUGCUCGGGGUUCACCCGCACAUGUCGUAUUAUUACUCGGGUGUUCCCCAAAUGCCUCUAUAUGGGAGUAUAGGAAGGGCGCUCGGGAUCCGCCACGAGUCGAUGAUUCACAAGCCUUCUUACCCGUCAUCCGUGCUUCCAGGGUACCGGUUCGGGGGUCUAAGGCAAGUGUCCGGCGUGAACCCGAAUUCGAGACCGCCUUUGGACCGGACGAGGGUCGAGAGUCUUCAAGCAUAUGGUGGUGCCUCUGGGCUUGGCGAGCCUCCUCCUCCUCCUCCUCCUCCUCCUCCUCCUCCUCCUGCUACUUCUUUUGAUGGAAGCGCUAGCUUUGUAGUGCACCAAGCUCAAGUCGAUGUACGUCAGGAUAAUAACAGACCAAUGAAGAAAGAAGGUGAUCAUCCAGAAGAAGAAGUGCCUCAAAGUGACGGUUCUGAUCCAUCCGGAAUUGACUUGACUCUCAAGCUUUGA